ACCAUGACUAUACGGAAUAAUUUGUCAACAUACGAUUAAAAAAACCAAUGUGAUUUUCGUGUAUUUUCAGUUCUAAUAUAACUGCGCGGUUUGACUAAACUAAUUUUUUUGCCACCGGCAGCCUCCUGGCCAUGAGACGGCGCAAUAAGACAUUACAGUCACCAUAAAGAGACGGUCCACGAAGAAGAUUAACAAACAGCGCUUGCGCAUUGACGACAGUCAGCGCUAGCGUGAGCCAUCUGGCCCAUUAUUGAUGUUACGGCGAAAUAAAACAACACACCGUCAACGUAAUCAAACCUUGGAGAACAAGAAGGAAUAUUCGUCCAGUGUUGGCUGGGCUUUUCCCGUGCAAGCAUCUUCAAGCGUGUUUGAGUCCAUCACCGUGCAAAAAUGGAUUUCCAACACAGAGCUGGAGGGAAAACGGGAAGCGGUGGGGUGGCGUCCGCCUCGGAGAGCAAUCGGGACAGACGAGAGCGGCUUCGCCAGCUUGCUCUGGAAACCAUCGACAUCAAUAAAGAUCCUUACUUCAUGAAGAAUCAUUUAGGCUCAUACGAGUGUAAACUUUGCCUGACGCUUCAUAACAACGAGGGAAGCUACUUGGCUCAUACACAAGGAAAGAAACAUCAGACCAAUCUAGCGCGGAGAGCUGCAAAAGAGGCCAAAGAAGCUCCAGCUCAGCCGGCUCCAGCAAAAGUGAAAGUUGAGGUCAAGAAGUUUGUCAAAAUCGGUCGACCAGGAUAUAAAGUAACCAAGCAGAGAGAUCCAGAGACCGGGCAGCAAUCUUUACUAUUCCAGAUUGACUACCCAGAAGUUGCAGAAGGUAUUGGGCCCAGGCACCGCUUCAUGUCUGCAUACGAACAGCGCAUCGAGCCCCCGGACCGCCGCUGGCAGUACCUGCUACUAGCUGCUGAACCAUAUGAGACCAUUGCCUUCAAGGUCCCCAGUAGAGAAAUAGACAAAGCAGAGAGCCGCUUUUGGACACACUGGAACAGAGAAACAAAACAGUUCUUCCUUCAGUUCCACUUCAAAAUGGAGAAAGCGCUCCUGCCACCCACUGGUCCUCCACCUCCUGCGGGUUUGAAGCGCCCCAUGCCGCUCAUGAGUGGACCUCGCCCACAGAAUGACUCCAUGCCCCCGCCGCCUCCAGGUGGUAUGGUGCCGCCUCUGCCCCCUGGAGCUCCCGGUACCCCGCAAAUGCCCCCUCAGAUGCCCAUGCCACCAAUGCCAAUGAGACCGCCACCCCCUGAGGGCUUAAUGGCUAACAAUUAAUAACUUACCAGCUGGUUAGUGUUUCUUGUAUUAUGUUUGACUACACAAACAUUUCUUGUUUUUAUGGCGAAAUAUGAUCACACAUUUGUAAAAAGAUACCCAUCAUUGAGCAAGACAUUUGUUUUACAAAGAUUUUGUAAUUAAAUACUGUUGAGAAAAAAUGUUUUUGCUUGUA